GUACUUCCAUAGGGGAGGGACUUGCAACUUAUCGGCAUUGCAUCACCUUCUGUUUUAAAAAAUCUGAUGGCACAAGGUUUACAACUGGGUAAAUAUUGGAUUUCGGGUGGAAUCGGAUUGCGGAACUAUUUUAUGAACAAAAAGAAAGAAUGGGAAAAAAAGAUAAAGCGCUGCAAGGACAAGCUGAACGCUCUGGCGAUCUCGGUGAUGAACCAGUGGCCCGGGGUAAAGUUGCGGGUGACCGAGGGCUGGGACGAGGACGGCCACCACUCCGAGGAGUCCCUGCACUACGAGGGCCGCGCCGUGGACAUCACCACGUCGGACCGGGACCGCAGCAAGUACGGCAUGCUGGCCCGCCUGGCCGUCGAGGCUGGCUUCGACUGGGUCUACUACGAGUCCAAGGCGCACAUCCACUGCUCCGUCAAAGCAGAAAACUCAGUGGCGGCCAAAUCCGGUGGUUGCUUCCCCGGCUCGGCCACGGUGCACCUGGAGAAAGGUGGGACCAAGCUGGUGAAGGACCUGAGGCCUGGAGACCGGGUGCUGGUGGCCGACACCGAAGGCCGUCUGCUCUACAGCGACUUCCUCACCUUCCUGGACCGCGAGGACGGCUCCCACAAGCUCUUCUACGUCAUCGAGACGCGGCAGCCCCGGGCCCAGCUGCUGCUGACGGCCGCCCACCUCCUGUUCGUGGCCCCCCAGCAGAACCAGUCGGAGGCUGGGAGCACCGGCGGCCGGGCGCUGUUCGCCAGCCGCGUGCGGCCGGGCCAGCGCGUCUUCGUGCUGGGUGAGGGCGGGCGGCGGCUGCUGCCGGCGGCCGUGCACCGCGUGUCGCUGCGGGAGGAGGCGUCGGGAGCCUACGCGCCGCUCACCGCCCAGGGCACCAUCCUCAUUGACCGCGUGCUGGCCUCGUGCUACGCCGUCAUCGAGGAGCACAGCUGGGCGCACUGGGCCUUCGCUCCCUUCCGCCUGCUGCAGGCCCUGCUGGCUGCCCUCUGUCCAGCCGGGAUGGGGUGCCCCAUGGGAGACCCCACGGCCCCCGGCAUCCACUGGUACUCUCGGCUCCUCUACCGCAUCGGCAGCUGGGUGCUGGAUAGUGACUCUCUGCACCCGCUGGGCAUGAUGGCAUCGUCCAGCUGAGGGCACCCCACGCCAGCCCGCCAGGCUCCAACGGAGAGACAGAGACACGGAGGGAGAGAGAGAGAGAGAGAAAGGAGAGAAAAAAAAAGAGAAAAAAAAAAAGAAAAGAAAACGCUAAAAGAAAAAAAAAAAGGAAAAAUUACAUAUUUUUAAAAAAGAGCACGGAUUAAGACUUAAAAAUAAUAAUAAUAAAAUAAUAAUAAUUAAGUAGGACAGUCCAAAGUAGACUUAAAGGGAAACAAAGACCCCUGGAAGUUCUGUUCUGUUUAGUUUAUAAAUAUAUAUAUAUUUUUAUUUGUUCUUUUAUUUUGUUUGUUGUUUGGUUUUUUUUUUUUUCCUCCUCUCCUGGAUAUUUAUUUCUUUGGUAUUUUGAAUAGAUGUUUUAAAUGAUAUGAACCGGACCUUCAAGAGCCUUAAAUAGUUUCUUUGAUAAUUUAUUAUCAUGUGAACUGUACUCACAGGAGAAAAAAAAUUAUUUUGUGAGGCCAAGCAAAACUGCGCAGAGUCUAUUUUUCUACAUGUCACGUGUGUCCUGACUUUCAGAAAGCAAAAUUCUGUACUUUCCCAUCUCUCCAUUACAUUGCUCUUUCAUUUCAGCAAGUCUAAAAAACAAGCAAACAAACACACACAAAAAAGACAAACUUCAUGGGGGUCCGUAAAUUAUAUUUUUAUACACAGAAUUGUAAAUUAGAUUUUUUUGAGAGAUCAAUACUUAACUGAAUCACAUUUCGUUUUUUGAAAUAGUGUAAAAUAUGAGAAUAUAUUAUUUUAAUUUAAAUAGUUGCAAAUGUAACAUCAUUUCCUGUAUUGUUUUCCAUGUUUUGCUUUGUAAAAAACAUCAUUUGGCCACGUUCAUGGAAGUUCAUGGAAGUCGAGACUGUUACACAAACUUUUUAUUUGCAAAAACCGUAAGAAACUUUGUUAUUUUUAACUUCAGAAAAAGUUUAUUAGAAAAUAAUAUUUUUUAAAAAGCGCACAUGGCGGCAAUUCUGUGACGAUGGAGAUGGUAGUUUGUACAGAGGGGGGAAAAGGAUGUUUUGCAUUAAUAAAUUGAGAAAUAACUGCUGUAAA